AUUCGUACAAUCGUGGAGAAUUGUCUUUCCAAUUUUUAUUUUUGGAUUCUAUAUAUAUAUAUAUAUAUAUAUAUAUAUUGAAAUAAGACCAAUGUAAUACAGCAAAAAGAAUUGCAAAGGAAAGCUUGGGAUUUCUUCGACUGUAUGAUUGCUGAAGAUAAUAGCAUCGGAAAAUUAUAUUAUCGAAGAAGACGGUUCAGGGAGCUUCUUCAAAUUUUAUUUUAUGUGCUAUAUUGUAUUUUCUCCAUUUUAAUUUUGCAGCUGACUUAUUUCAUUUGUAUUGUUACAUUAUAUAUAAAUAAAAAUAAAAAAGAAUUCGAGUGGCUGUAAUUACUAAGGACAUGUAACUAUCUUAAGCCAAGCACAGAGAUGUAAACAAAAUGGUUGUUGUUUUAUAGUUCUCUUUUUUUUUUCAAAUUUGUUUUAUGGUUCUCUUUUAUUCAUUAUAGUCGAUGAUCAACUUUUAUUGGGUGUGGUCUAAUUGUAGUAUAGUUUUACUUUUUUAACAAACUCAUAUUUUAUAAGAUUAACUAUUAGUAUUUAUCGAAGAAUUGCUUAUACGUAACUGAAAUUAUGAAUGUUUCAAACACACUGUCUUUCAUCAUAUCACAACGUACAUACAUCCAAAGACUAGUUCCUCCUUAGGUCAUACCAAGAUAAAUACAAAUAUUAAUACCUAAGUUGAUUUUGGUACAUGCAUGCACUUAAAAGUGGAUCGGAUAGCCUGAUUUAUACACUUCGCUUUUCAAUGAAAUAUUAGGAAGAGUGAACACUCACUCAUCCACACAACUGAUUAGAGAGGUAAUUAUUAAUUUACUUACGUCCAAAAAAAAGAUUCCAGGAAGAAAUCCGACCGAAGAAAAAGCCUUAAAAUACAGUAUUAUUGGUAAAUAUCCCCGCCUGUCGGGAGGACCUAGGUUCAAUUUUCCGGCAGCGGCUACUAAUUUUGUAAUCAUUGUUUCUAGAAACAUUUUGUUAUGGAUAUGUCGGUGUUAUAGUUAUACGACGUGGCCACAGAUCCAAUUCAGUAGCAAGACAUGUGUCGCAAAUCUUGUCCUUAUGGAUCACAUGAUAACCAUCCCAAAUACGCGUGUCAGGCUCCCAACGGAACAUUCGAAACCUAAUCUUGUUAGUUUCGGCUAUUCGAUAACUCAGCCAUGUUCACACAUCCUCGUACUAUCUUCACACAUCAACAUUUCCGAAAACCUCAGAAAAAUCAAUGGCAGAGUUUCAUCUUCCUUCCGAGAUCGACAACGAAGCAGAAGAUUUUGAAGACAACACUAAUUUCAUCGAUGAGGAGUACCUCAACUACCUUCAUUACAUGGCUUCACGGAGCAACCAUGGACAUGAGACGUUUGGGUCUUACGAUGAAAUCUUUGGUCGAGUGUUGGGAAAUUCGUCUUCUACACGGCGGCAGGAAACGGCGGAGGAACUUCCGGUGGUGGAGUUGACGGCUGAGGAACUGAUCGAUAGAGGUUUGGUGGUUUGCGCCAUCUGUAGAGAGGAGCUUACUGCUAAUGAGAGACUCUCUGAGCUUCCGUGUAGCCAUUGUUAUCACAAAGACUGUAUCUCGAACUGGUUGAGUAAUCGGAACACUUGUCCUCUUUGCCGUCACAAUGUUAGAAACUAGUUAGGUUGGGUUUUCUUGAAUCUAUUUUUGGUUGAAGUUGAUCAAAUCUUUAUUGUACCUUGAAUAUGUCACAAGAAAAAUCGAGUGAACUAGCUUUCCUCUCUAUCCAAAAGGAUUUCUUAAGACUAAUUAACUUCGAAAGGUUGUUUA